UUCAAAGUUAUCACUUUUAACAUCACUAGACUCUAAGGCAAAUUCCUAAGUUUUGCUUUAAUAAAAAAAAAAAAAUAUUAAAAUCUUUACCUCAAAAGGGUCCAAUUAAAUUCUAAAGAUACUAAAGCAAAUCAGGAAAAAACGCUGUCACGGAAGUAAUGUAGCACAUCCACUUGCAAGUUCAAAAAAACCUUAAAAGGCACCUUUUUGGCAUACGAAUGAGCCGCUUAGCACCCAAAGUCAACUAUAAGAACCUCAUUACAUAAAAAGCGGUGACAAAAGUCCUGAAAGUCCCGAGUUUUGGAAUCUUCCGUUAAUUGUUGUCGUCAUCGGUGCAUUCUGUGUAAGAUGCACUUGUAAUAACACAUUUAUCACACGUCAGUACGGGUCAAUGUCAAUAUAAAUAAAUUAGCUAAUCGUCUACAAUCUAAUGAAAAUGUACACAACAAAGUACCUUCACGUAUCAAGGGAUCAAAUAAUCAGAGUUUUCGCACGAAAUAUAAUGACGCUCAAGGAAAUCUCCACGACGAGCCUUGUAAGUAACUUCAAAAAGUCUCCAGAAAUACGACUCAACGAUAAACCAGUUGUCAAAAGUGCCGGCGUGCUAAUUGGAUUAUGCGAAAAUAACGGAAAUUUAGGAUUACUCUACACACUGAGGUCCUGUCUGAUGAAAAAUCACACGAGACAAGUGAGUUUUCCAGGUGGCAUUUUCGAACCUGGUACUGAUAAAAGUUACGAGGAGUGCGCUUUGCGAGAGACAGAAGAGGAAACUGGUAUCCCAAAAAGUACUGUCGAAAUACUUGGGACCGGAAAUUUACUAAUACCUUACAGAGGCAAAGGAGCUGAUCAAAUUCAGAUUAUGCCAGUUGUAGGAAUUAUUCACAAUUUUGAUAAUAUCCAGUUGAAACCAAAUACGAAUGAGGUGGAAAAGGUGUUUACAGUUAGCAUCGAGCGACUAAUUGACGAAAGAUAUCGACGAUACACGCAAUACAGAAGUGGACGAGGAUAUUCAACACCUGUUUACACGGCGGGCGAAGAAAGAAUUUGGGGUUUGAGUGCAAUUUUAACACAUCUCUUUCUAACAGCGCUACUUCCAAAGGAAAAAUAUUCGAGGAAAAUCCCAUACGUGCAACCAUAUCAGAUGCAAUCAUAAGUUGUAUCCAAUUGUUUUUAUUAUAUAAAAUAAGGCAUAAAUUAAUGUAGCAAAAUGUUUUAGAAAUAUUUUUGUUAUUAUUAGAUAAAGUGAAAAAAUAACUUAUUACUAUAUUGUAUACAAAUUGACAAAAAGAUGCAAUUGAAACGGGAUAAAAUGUGUUUUUAU